AUGAAGCUCAACUCUCCCCUCCGCUCAUUGCUCCCUGUUGUCGCGGCUGCUGUUCUCACAGCUGUUAAAGUGGCUGAGAGUCAGAAGUUUGCUGAAGAUCUCGGGACGUCCUCCACACCAUCUCCGGUUUAUCCCACCGUCAACUUUCAGGUCCUCAAUGUGGACCAUGUGAUUUUGAGGCAGGACAGUCCAGAGCCAUCAGGGAACUCCACCCUGAAGGGCCACACUCAGACUUUCCUCAUCACUGGCCCAGGUGCUGGGGUCCUCCAGUCCGCUGUCAACGCUUCUUAUGGCCCCCUGACUGUAGACGCCCCGAUCCCUCCGGACCUGCUCUUCAGUGGACGCAGGAUCCUGCCAGUCAUUUUGGGCCGCCAGGUUCGUUCCUCGUCUCCUGUUGUUAAGAUCCUCUUCCACAUGCCCACAGAAAGCAACAUCGCUGUUGGGCAAGAAAGGAUGGGGUCUGGGGAAGAUAACGGGAAGACAAGCGGUGGAGUCAAGGCAAAGGACGGAGCUCACUGUGUGACGGCUUACGCCUUCUGGGAGACGAGGGAAGUUCGUGGGGCGUGCCUGGUGUCUCCAGGUGGAUUCUGUGUGGCACAGCUGAAGCCAGAACCUGUCUGGUUCAGCUCGGCCAGCCGAUCAGGAAGCUCCAGCAGGGAAGCUGGAAAAACCGAAGGAAUUAAGGGGCUUCAGGGGAACCUAGUGGAGGUCUACUUCCAGAGUCGGAGGGACCAGACAGGCCAGUGUACCCCGCAGGACAGCCUGCAACGUGUAGGAGUGGGAAGAGGAAGAGACUCUGGGGGAUCAGGGACACCCAUGAGGCGGAUAGGAAGUGUUAAUCUGCUCAGGACUCCACCCGGAAACCCCACCUUCCUUCGGCUGAGACUCGGAGGCGCCGUGGUGAUCCAGACAUCUUCCAAGCCCCUGAAGACCACCGAUGUGGCAACUUUCUACAUCUUCCUAGCUAGUACAUCUACCCUGGAAAGUUUCACACUCAGGGCGACAGUAAAAGCGGGUCUGUCCUUCAGUGCAGCGCGGCCCAGCGACUCAGCGCUGUGGGACAUUCUGGUGGAGCCUGGCAGAGGAGCGUCCCCCAACAUGGUCUCUGUCGUCUGCCACAGGAAGGUCGCUAUCACCGCUAAGAGGGGUCUUCUGGAGGUUUUGCAGCUUGACUUUGUGCCGAAAGACGUUUCGGAGAAGGCUGAGAGUCAGACGAUCUCCUGGCGUCUGGAGUUGCCAGGGAACGUCAAGGAUGUGGGCAUGAUGCGGAUCUACACGACCCAGAGAGACUACGUGGGGCUGGCACCUCUGGUCAUGAACACAGAUAUCUUGAAUACUGCAGUGCUGACGGGUAAAAUGGUGUCAGUCCCUGUGAAAACUCUGGCUGUGGAGGCUAAUGGUUCAGUCACAGAUGUGACCAACUACACCAGCUGUCGGUCCACAGAGGAGGAUGCACUCAAGGUGUCAGAGGGCUGUGACUAUGUGUAUGUAAAUGGAAAAGAGACAAGAGGAAAGAAGAGGGUGAUGCUCAACUUUACCUAUGGCUUCCUGAGUGCCCAGCUGGAGAUGAGUGUGUGGAUGCCACGGUUGCCCUUGCUCAUUGAUGUGGCCGACCCAGAGCUCAGCCAGAUCAAAGGCUGGAGGGUCCCUGUUACUACCGGCAACAGGAGGUCUACAUGGGACAGUGAGGAAGAGGAGGAAAUGAGGAAGGGCAGGGGCUGCAUGCUGCAGUACCAGCACUCUACACUCAGAGUGCUCACGCCCUUUGUGGCUCAGGCUGGUGCUGAGGUGCUGCCUGAUCUGCUAACUGGGGCAGAGCCUGUUGACUACUUCCUGGGUCCUGAUUGGCAGGUGGAUGUGACCAAUCUUGUACGCUACUCUCUAAAAGUGGCAGACCCUGACGUAGCCAGGGUGCAUGAUGGGGUGGUGCUGCAGGGACGGGCUGUGGGCAUUACUACUGUACAGGUGCUGUCCCCUCUGACGUCAUCGGUCCUGGCUGAGAGGAGCAUCAGGGUGGUGGAUGACAAAGUGAGUUUGACAGAGCUGGGAGUGCAGUUGGUGUCUGGACUCUCUCUGUCCCUGCAGCUCAGCCCAGGGAGCAACAGGGCCAUCAUUGCCACGGCAACCACGCGGGAGGCGAUCACGCAGCUCAAACAGGAAGCGGCGGUCAGCUGCUGGGUUCAGUUCAGCGAUGGGGCCGUUGCUCCACUGGAGCUGUUCGACCGCAGCAUCUACUCUCUGACAGUCUCUACACCAGAUGAGGGUGUGGCCACAGUCCGCCGCACCCCACUGUCCACAUUUGUGGUAGCACAAGGUGAAGGCGAGGGCCAGGGGGCGCUAGUGAGGGUGGAGCUGAGGAUCUGUGAGGAAUGCCAGAAGUCCAAGAGGAAGAGCAAACUGGCAGUGGGCACGGGGCUCCUCAGAAUGAACUUCCAGAGUAGCAGCAGAGCUGCAGCAGGGGGAGGAGGAGGAGCUAGUGGGGUUGGCACUGACGGGAAUAAAGAUUACGAUGGUGGCGCAUCAGAAGCAUUAGGAGAGAUUAAAACGACGGUGACAUCACAGCGUGCCAUCACAGAUGUGGAUAAAUGGUUGCUAAGGAGCACAGUACCUGACCAGCAGGAGUCUGACAUGUCAAAAACAUCCACCUCAACCACAUAUUCUAUGAGACCUGCGCAGCCACAUGUUGUGUGGAUUGGAACUACAACCAGAGGUACAAGAGGUGGCACAUAUACUGUCAUUCCCACAACUGCCACUACGACUAAUACACCAAUGAGCACUGCCAAACCUAUAGCAACAACAGUGGGUGUUGUCAUGAAAGGUGAGGGGCAGAAGAGAAGCUAUGGAAACAUGCUCGACAACCCCAAUUCACCCCCUAACAAAGACAUUCCUAAAGCAGAAGUGACACCCAAGAAGGAGCCUCCUAAACCUAAAACCCCAAAAGUCAUCGAGAGCGACCUCAUCCGCACGUUCAGAGCCAUGUCGGACUUGGAAAUUGGCAUGUAUGCCUUGGUAGGGGUCUCCUGCGUAGCCAUCUUGGCUUUUUUACUGAACUGUGCUUCGUAUAACCUCUGUUUCCGUAAUCACAAGACACCCAUACAGGCCGGCCCGGCCCCCAGCAGGGACCCGAAGGACCACAAGCAUGACUGGGUGUGGCUGGGGAGCAAUAACCAGAGCGGUCCUGCCCCAGGCGCCGCAGCUCAAGCGUCAUCGCUAAAACGUGAGACCCAUCGCCCUCUGGAGUCCCGUCAUUCCAUAGACUCCAUGGGCCACCGUAGCCUGGAGAACACCCUGCCCACUGUGAGUGCCCCGGCCGUGCCCGAAAGAACUGCCACCCUGGGCCGCAGCAGGACCAGCUCCCAGCAGCAGCAGUUUCAGGGGAAGGCGAUUGACCCCAUGGCGAAUCGCUCAGCAACUUUGCUGGCCAGGCCACACCGCAGCGAGCCGCUUCAUUCCCCCACCAGUAAGAGGAACCAGGUCCAGUUCACCACCUUCACCACGCUGGACAUCAAGCACCUGGCUGCGCUGAAGAAGAACGGAGUGGACUUAAAUUGGGCCAACCAGCAGACGCAGCAGCACCAGGCCCCUGCUGAGCCUCAGACACCUUUACCUGACAUGCCAUGGCCUGUAGUCAAACCUCUAGGAGAGCCCCAGUGA